GAUAAAACCAAAUUGCUAGGUAGAAGUAUAAUGAUAGCAAAUGAAAACGUCUGUGUUUAAAAUGACGUUGUCGCUAGUGUAUACGAGAUUUUGUAGGGUAAAGUGCGAAUUUACGUAGUCUACAAUAACUUGCGUAUUUAACCAGGGUAGCACGUAGUUAAGUAAAAUUAUCGAUCGUCUCUAAAAGCCGAUUGUUUACUUUUGGUGAUUAUUGCUGAAUUCGAUUUCAUAUUUUAUUUUGAAAACUGAAUUAAGAUUCAAUCCUGCCGGCGUUAUAUGGGACUAUUUCAAGGUGUAAGAGAUGCUUAAUGCCGGGGGCUCGCUCGACAAGUAGGCCGGCGCCGGCGAGCGAAUUGUCAGCGUCCGAGGAGGCGUCCCAGUUGGAGUUGCAGCUCCAACGACAACUAGAAGAGGAUGUUGCAAGAAUAUUUGAUGAAUCCAUUUAUUCUGAUCUGGAAGUGGUGUGUGGGAAACUAAAAAUCCUAACUCAUUCUUGCAUACUAAAAGCACGCACAAAUAAUUUCUAUCAUAAGCUUGAAACCAUACUGCAUGUUAACAUUGGGCGUAACACUUUCGAUGAGAUAUAUUCUUUCAUAAGUGAUGCUUAUACUGAGUGCAAUAUUAACCACCAAGAGAGAGAAAUAAUCUCAUAUUUAGACGAUAAUUUGAAGAUAGUCAAAUCUCUUCCUAACAAUACUCUAAGUGCAAAAAAAGAAGAUACAGAAGAACCCGAUGUAUUUUUGACCCCUAAAUGCGUGAGUCCUUACGUAGAAAAGGGCUUCCAGAAGACUAUUAGUGCCAGUCCUAGCACAGAGCUUACAAAAGAAUACUAUGCACUAGUGCCCAUUGAUGGUAAUUUGUUAGAGAAAGAACUUAUUGAACAAGACGUCCUUUCCAAUGCGUUUCAAUCUAUAAUUAAAUCGCAGACUGACGAUUUCAACAAAUUUAAGGUCUCGCAACGUAACAAGCCUACUUCGCUGUCUCUUAGUUCUAGUCACAUAUCCAAAACAGUCAAACAUUCCAACAGUUGUGAUAUUUUAAAUAAUCAUCUUAAAGAUACUGUCUGUAUUAAAAAUUCAAAAAGUAAUGACAAAAUAAUUAACACUUGCACUAGUCACAAUAUUAAAAAUAAUAAAAGAAAUGAAUUGACGGAAAAAGUUGAAGAAAGCGCCAAGAAACCAAAUUUGGAAACUACAAUCGAUAAAGUGAUAGAUUCUGCUUAUUCUCCCGACAGUUUAAUCACUGACGAUCCAAGUUCGUCAUCAGAUUACUUAUCUGCCGCCUACACCUGUUCACCGGGAGUAAGCUCUUCUGGUGGCCAUCCUCAAUUAAAUGUUGGGGAAACUAGUACCAAUAUGGAUAACAUUUUCACUUCUUCAGAUUCUGGAUUGGAGAACACGGGGUUGCUCGAAAGUCUUAGCAGCCACAAAGACGUUACGCUAACAGAUAUAUCUUUAACAGAUUGUACAUUGCAUGAUUUGACUAUAGAUGAUACUAAUACAACUGACUCUGGGUCAUGUUCGAUUCCAGAUACAAAUCAGUUGCGACGGUUUAAAUGUGUUCCUCAAUGCACCACAGGUGGGUCGUCUUCAGAAAGAGAAUUCAAUGGACUGUCUAACAAAUCCGUCAAAUCGAAAGAUUCUAUAUCCUGUAAAUCUUCGAAAGAAGAGAAGCAACGGCAAAAUGAAGAAAUCGUGAUACUGGAAUCAUCUUCCCUGUCAUCCGAAACUGGUUCUUGGGAAUCUGUGUUCCCACCGAAGAUGCCAGAGAAAGAAAUUUGUCAAAAGUUUAUUUGUACCGAAAGACAAUUUUCUAAUGAAGGAAAUCUUGAACAUAUUGAUAGAGAUACUUCUAACUACGCCGAAAACAUUUGCCCCAGUUUAGUCCAGAGGUCACCAUUUAAGUCGACUGGUUGUUUUAUUGAUGCUGCGAGUCUAGUAGAUGAAGAGGACGACACCAUAAAAAUCCAAACUGACCGUAAUGAAGUGUCGGGACCUGCGAGAGCUGACACAUUGCCUGCACCAAGUCAACCGGUCCCGUGUUUCACUGCAAAAUCUGAUAUUAGUCCAAAUGAUUGGUCUGAAAGUAAUGAAAAUGAUGAUUCUUUGGAGCAAGCCGAUAAAAAAGAUACAGAUUCUAUACAAAAAGACCUGUCACCAACAAUUUUUGAUAUGACUCCAAUUACUGAGGAUUCUCUAAGUGCAAAUACCUUUGAAAAUGCACGAGCCGAGGAAAGUAACAGAAAAACUGAAGAGGUCGACCAGCUGCCAAGUCUUCAGUCAUUUUCUUCGAGUUCUACAGUUUUGAUGUUCAGUACACCAAAUAAUUCAAUCUUGUCAUUAAAAACUUGUUUUAAACAAUACGAAUUGGAAGAAAGCGAAAAUGACACGACAGUUGGACGCGAAAGUCAUGCAAAUAUAAAGAAAAGUUUGAAGUAUAAUGAAUCUUCCCCGAUUGUCUCAGGUGGCGCAUCUAUCGAAGACCAUUUACCGCAAAUGGCCAGUCACUCCGGAAGUCCUCUAACGCGGCGUAAGAUAGAAAAUAUGCCCAUAGUUUCUGGGGCGUACGUACCUCAAGUUGAGGAACAUAAUCAUAGAAAGAUGACAAAGCCUUCCUGUGCGCCCGCUUGGGUAGUAGAUAUGUCCAGCAGUCCAAAGUCAGAUGGAGACAGGAGUUCACCUGGUGUCGCUCAUUCCAAGAAACCAGGAGACAGAACCUGUGAUAAUUUGAGAAAUGGAUCGAAAUCCAGUUUGGACUCAUUCAGCCUUGAUACUUGUAACAAAAGUCGCAGUUCUGUAGACUCCGAUAGCAGCGAAAAAAGUCAUAAAUUCUACAUAGAUCUAUCGAGUCUACCAGAUCCAAUACCUCCUAAAAAAAAUAAUGAAUGUGAAAAUUCUACAGAAAAGAAAAAUAUAUUUUCCAUGUAUAUAGAUUUGGGUGAAAAACCUACUUUAAAAGAGAUGCCAGCACGAUUGAGCUCUUCUUUAAAUACUAGGAAAAGUACUACGGAAACAAAACAACUUUCGAAGUCGUGUAAGAUCCCAAAAGCACCUUCAACUGAAAGUACACCCGCUGCUUUAUCUAAACCUUUGGAUGGGCAUAACUCUAUGUGUAUUUUUGAGAAAUAUGAGUCUUUGUGUAAUGAUACAGAACUAGACAUUACAGAGAUAAUUCAUAUUCUGGAGGAAGAAAAAAAUGUACCAUCAAAAAUAGAAGACAACGCUUCCACGAGUGAUACAGUUGCAAAGGUUGUUAAACAUACUCGCAACGUGGGUGCAGAUAAGAGCUCCCAGCGAUACGCAACGACAGUUAUACAAGAAGAACCCUCUAGCGAACCACCUGCUGACCUUUUCGUCAAAUUGUCAGAUCUAGAUAAACCUGUACUAAAAGUGGAUACAUCUGCUACUGUAAAGGAAGAAAGAAUUGUUGAUGUGCGAAUGACACGAUCGAUUCCUGAAAAUAACUGGGGGGACCAAGGCAACUCCGGCACAUCGAGGUCUAUUGAUGUUAUAAGUUCUUUUCAUUCUGAGAAUGCACUUAGUUUAAACCGUCUCUUUCCCCAUUUGAAGAACGAGUUUAGUAGAAGUAUGCCUGGUUCUUUGUCGGGCCGUACACGAUCUCCGCUCAGGUUGAUAGCAUCAUCGAGUCCUGGGGACUUGGAAGAACAGGCUUCAGACAUCUCAGAGAUUAGCAGUGUACAAAGCAGCAUGUGUCGUUCUGUUGUCGAAAACAGCACAACAGAGGAGACUAGUCAGACGUCCAGCCUAAUUGGCAACUGUCAGUCUCGUCUCGGGCAGGAUUUGCUGCGAAUGUUCCUACAGGAAAUAGCUCCCGACGUCAUAGUAGAAGUUUCUGGAAGGAGGAUCAAAGCACAUAAGUGUAUUUUAUCUUCGAGAUGCCAGUACUUCGCUGGAAUAUUGAGCGGUGGUUGGGUGGAGAGUGCUGGAAAUGUCAUCAUAUUACCACCGUUUUCAUUUAAUGUCGUGCAUUUUGCGUUGUGCCACAUCUACUCUGGCGUGUCUACAAUCCCGGACUCGAUAAGCAUCGUGGAGCUGGCGACGAUCGCAGACAUGCUUGGGUUAGAAGGACUUAAAGAGGCCAUUAUGUUCACUUUGAAAGCUAAAUACUGUCAUCAUUUUCACAAGCCAUGUCAAGUAUGCACUGCUGGAGUUUUAGAAUGUUUUCCUCUAUCGUCUGUCUAUGGGUUGGAUGAUUUGUACCGGAAGUGUCUGCGAUGGAUAACUAAAUAUUUCUCUAAAGUAUGGCCGACAAAGGCAUUUGCAACUCUCCCUAAAGAGUUACUGGACAAGUGUUACCAACAGCACAUUGUAAACCUAACUACGGACACCUUGGUUGACACCGUGUACGGAUGUGGUAUAACUGCGGCGUCGCUUCAGAACAGCCGGUGGGCGGAGAGCGUAGCGCGGAUGUGCCGGCGACUGGAGAACGCGGUGGCGCACUUCGCUGCGCUGCGGCUGGUUGGCGUAUUGCAGGCGUUGGCGUCAUUGCCGCCCGACCCGCCGCGGCCCGCCAAGCGGGCGCUAGACGAUUGCCUAUCCGCCGCCUUCGAAUGGGCCCCGCCCGAGGAAACCUGUCGGGCCUAUGCCUUCCUCUCUGCGCUCCCCAAACAAAUGCGCAAUCAACACUACUCCAAAUCUGAUCUAAUCACUAAUGGCAACCAAAACAAAACGACCUAUCAAACCCUCCUUUACACCCACGCCAGUACCUGGCGGCUCCAAUGCGAAGGGGCGUUAGUGCGAGCCGCCCCCCGAGUCGUCGGCACACAGGCAUUUAAGGAUUUACCCGCGGACCUUAGGAAAAGACUACGUGAACUCGGAUGCAUAAUGUACGGGGCUCAGGCCUUACCUGUGAUCGUGUCUCCUAUUCAAGACAGGAAAAGCCGUAGUACAUAUCAGCAAAAGGGCAAGGUCCAAAACUCGUCUACAACUCGCAGUUUAGAUAUAGACCAAGUGCGAGCAUCAUUUGUUCCUUAUUCGUCUAAACCUGCAGUACCAAUCGGGGCAGUAGACGUAGUAAGGAGUAAUAACGACUUGAGAGUUGGGAAACUAAGAGGAAAUCCUCCAAAAAUAAGGACCACUAAAGCGCAAGAGGAACGGGCUAAAUUCAAUUUAGCCAAAAAUAAUCAAUCUCAGGAUCGUUUGAACAGUAAACUGGCUUCGGCGCGUAUGCCGUAUGAAAAGACUAAACCAAGAUAUUUGGAAUCAAAGCCAACGAAAGAACACGAAAAGAGAUCGGUUGGUGGCAAGAAGCUCGCUCCCAAGAUAGUGUCAUCAAGUGAGUCCUCUCGUAACUCGAGUCCCAUCCAAGCGCGGCAGCUGCGGGCUAGCCGUGCCAAGUCUCGGCAGGCAGCAGAGUGCCGGGCGCAGGCGAUGUCGCAGGACAGCCUGGCCACAUCGUCGCGCCCGCGCACUGCCGAGCCCUCUACCGAUUCCUUGAGUGAGUCGCAAACAAGCAACAAGUAUGCUACCUAUACCAAGACGAAGCAUACUACCAAAGGAUCUAUUGAGUCUGUAAAUUCAUCAAAGUAUCCAAACGCAUCACAGAUGGCAAAUAAUAAAGGAAAGACAAAAAUUCCAGUGCUAUACCAGGUACCGAGGAAUAAUCAUGUAGAUAAGCAGGAACCACAGAAACGUUUCGCUCAGACAAGUAAGGUUGCAGCGACCGUAAGCACCGCCGCAGCGCAGAGCCGGGGAAGGACUGGCGAGCGGAAGGUACCUGGAUCCUUAAUGAAUGCGACUAAGUCGAGCUCCGCAAAAGUGGUUCCAAAAAUAGUGAAGGAGUCGACAAAGAGCGUCCCCAAGUGCAGCAAGCGCGCGACGGGCCAUGCGGUGAACGCCGGGCGGCACGCCGACCAGCCGGAGAUCCCCGUCAUGGAGCGCUCUGGCACUUUCCUGAAGGACGAACCCACCUUCGGCGACAAAACCACUAACAUUGACAUAGACCAGUGAACUAACUUAUUUAGAUGUAGACAGUAGUUUUCUUUUAUUUCACUUUCUAUAUAAAAUACACGAAUUCUUAUUGAGGAUGAAUGUAUUUUUGUAUUUACCCCCUCCGGUUGAUUGAGGGGAGGCCUGUGCCCAGCAGUGGGACGUAUAAACUGCCUAUAUAUAUAGGCAGUUUAUAUGUAUUUGUGUAUAUGUAGUUUUUUUAUGUAUUUCGAAAAUGAAAUAGUUUUGUUUUUCACGUUUCACAUAACUUAUAAAGUAAAUACAUUCACUCUCAGAAAGAACUCAUUAUAAUAUCUCGUAUGAAACUUUAUGAAUUAUUAGAAAUUAUUUAUGAGUACUUAUUGUUGUUGUCGUCCUAGCUUCGCAAAUUAAUUGUAUAAGGAA